AUGGCCAUUAUCGACGGUAGUCACGGCGGGGACGAGAUCUCACAACUCUGGGCUGUAAUCACAGAGCUCAGUGACCAACUGAAUCAGAAUCGGAGCGCGUCAGUGUCGCUGUAUGCUCAGGCUGGAGGCGUCAAGAAUCAAGCUCUUCAUUCUCAAACUGGUUUUGUUUUACGGAAAUUCAAUGCCGACAAACCAAAAGAAAUAUAUGACUCUGAGUUGGAACGUAUGAACGCGGCCAUGAUGGCAGAAAACCAGUCACUCCAGCACGACAAUAAGCAAUUAAACACAUUGAUUAAAGAGUACGAACAAACACUGGAUACAUUAAUGAGUACAUUCCGAAACCGCGCCCAAACUGUCCAAGAGAACGAACUUUCGCUUAUUCGACAUUACGAGUCGCAUCUCCUCCAAUUGGAGGAAGAAAAUUCAUCUAGAGAACUCGAGGCCAGCACGAGAAUUUCCGAAAGUAUUUCGCGCUUAUCGGAAUUGCUACGAAACUGUCUACGCGAGGUCGGAGGCGAGCGUACCCGUCUGUCGACAUAUGACGAUCACGAAAACGACUCAGAAACAGAAGAAGAUCCGGAUUUGCUUGAACGUGAGCCGUGGCAGAGCACGGAUGCAACUCACGCUGAGUGGGCGUUGGAACGCGAGAUUGAAUUGGCGAGGCUUGAACGGGAGAAUGAGGAACUUAGGAAUUUAAUCAUGGCUGGGCGUGCGAUUCCCGUACAUGCACCGCAGGCAGCCCAUCCGGCACCAACUCAGAUUAAACCUCAAACAGAGGAGCCCUUACAACCAAGUCAAGGAACCGAUCCUGGCCCACAGUUAGCAACAAAGGUAGAAGAGGUUAAAGAUUCCAGUACCCGAGAUCGACCUACCCCCCAGCCCCACGGAGAAGAAGAUUUGGAUACUGUACCAGAAGGUGACUUGUUGAAUGUAGAUCCGUAUGCUACGGUAAAGAGGUCAAAGAUGGGCGGAUAG